AUGUUGGGGUGUAGACUAUUUGGGCCCCAGGUUCUGGCCAGCUUGGCUUCAACAUCCUCGGCACCUGGACCCAUCCCCAUCCGUGAACAGUAUGCAAAGGCUUUCAAGUCUGUUGGCGGUGCCGGUAAAGAUGAGGGUCAUCCCGAUGGACUAGCUGUUCAGCCCUCUGCACGGCCCCACACGACAGGGUUUCGGUUCAACCUGAAGAAGAAGAAGGUAUUAAUGCUUCCAUCCCGAAACGUCAAGUCCGAAUCGAAACCAGAUGAGCCCAAGAAGGUUAUCAAAGCGAGCAAGCCCAGGGAUGCUGGAACGAAUCCUCACCACAUCUACGGUGAUUACAUCCCCCAGAACUUUCUGGAACGAUCCAAGCUGUUCAGAGAGGAAGCCAAAGCAAAGGGGCACUCUCCUUCAGAGGCCAGGACCAUGUGGAGGAACAGCCGGGAGAGAGCUGAGUUGCUCAGCAUGAUGCCGCUCCCCGAGCUUAAGAGACGCAGGUUUUUUGUUGAGAUGGUGGUAGCAGAGCUCUUGCGAGUGGGUGCACCCGGCAUCCUUACGAUAUCGGUUCUCCUUCUGAUCUUCAACGACAAGCUCCCCAAGACCAAGGACCGCGACUUUCUUGAAAUCUUCGCUGGCAAAGGCGAGUUAUCCAGUGCUCUUCGAAGGGCGUGCCUUCGUGGAGCAUCCGUCGACUGGGAGUACGACCGAGAGGUUUGGAAUGGCAGCUUUUGGAUGGGCCAUUUCAGCGGCCCCACACCCAAGCGGCACAGGCAGUACACAAAGGAGUUCGGGGAGUUCCUCACGAAUCUUUUUCUCAAGCUCAAAGAGGCCGAAAUGCCGAGAGUCAUGGCCUACCUCAACUCGAAGCAUUUGAAGCCGCCCGGCCUCUGGGACACCUGGCACGCAGGGAUAUGA